UAAUGCUUUAAACAACUGUUUGUUGUUAAAAUACGGAAAUAAAAUACUUAUAUGAAAGGCCACGAGUAUAAAUGUGCAUGAAGUCAAACUUAACUGUGUCUUUUGCUACUUUUGUGAAACGGCAGUUGGCUAACCUACUUGCUCUCGAGCGUUAAUCAUUUUAGUUGUCACCGUAUCCAAAAAAGUCCAACACGAAGCUGUGCAAAGUUUAGUUCACAUUAGCAUGUAAACUAGGCUGCUAGCUAGGAUAGCUCGGCUAGGAUUUGGGAAGUUCAAAGUUGUGUGUACAAGUACACACGUAUCCUGUGCUGUCACGUAAGGAAUGAAACAACCGCUCGUCUACUGUCCUAACGGAUACGUUGUUUUCACCUCCUGCCGUUAACCGUCGACAUGAACUCGUAUCACGUCUUGGAGCUGGUGGGAGAGGGCUCAUUUGGUCGAGUUUACAAGGGAAGGAAAAGAUUUACCGGCCAGGUGGUGGCUCUGAAGUUCAUGCCAAAGGUGGGUCGGUCUGAAAAGGAGCUGCGCAGUCUCAAACGAGAGAUUGAGAUCAUGAGGGGGCUUCAACAUCCAAAUAUCGUUCAACUCUUUGACAGCUUUGAGACUAAAACUGAGGUUGUGGUUGUCACAGAGUAUGCAGAGGGUCAGCUGUUCCAGAUCCUUGAGGAUGAUGGGAACUUACCAGAGAGCCAGGUCCGUGAGAUCGCCUGCCAGCUGGUCUCGGCUCUGUAUUAUCUACACUCCCAUCGCAUUCUUCAUCGGGACAUGAAACCACAGAACAUCCUGUUGGGGAAAAGUGGGGUCGUGAAACUGUGUGACUUUGGGUUUGCGAGGGCCAUGAGCGUCUCCACCUUGGUGCUGACUUCCAUCAAGGGAACGCCACUGUACAUGUCUCCUGAGCUGGUGGAGGAGAAGCCGUAUGACCACACUGCUGAUCUCUGGUCUCUGGGCUGCAUCCUUUAUGAACUCCACACGGGGGCGCCUCCGUUCUACACCAACUCCAUUUUCCACCUGGUGCAGCUCAUAGUGAGGAACCCAGUCAAAUGGCCAGACACUAUGAGCGACACCUGCACGAGUUUCCUGAAAGGCUUGUUGACCAAAGACCCUCAGAAGCGGUUGUCGUGGCCGUACCUCCUGAGACAUCCCUUUGUUGCUGAUGGUGUUUUAGUGCUGUCAGACACAGGCGUUUUCAGCCCUCUGACAGUCACACCCACCCCAGACAUGAUGGCGCUGAAACUUCAGCAAGUGGCGGCAAAGACGGUACCGACUCCUGGAGGGAGCAGAUUAUUGCGGAGGGCCAGGAAACAGACAGACGACGGCAAAACAGGGAAACCGGCAGGCGGUGAUGGUGCGAAAAAAGAGAAGGACGGAGUGGGAAAUGAUAAGGUCAACUAUGCAAUAACAGCAGCAUCCCCGAGAGCCAAGCCGUCUUCCAGUGAGGUCUCCGUUACCUCAGUACACUCGGUCAUGACAGCUGCCAAUCAAAGUCUACACCCAAAGACUCAAGCCUGCGUGAAAUCCAAACACAGGGGUCAGAUCAGCAGGGACUAUGAACAGGAGUUUCCCUCUGUAGAGGUCGGGCCGCGACUAGUGCAGGGAUGCAGUGCAGACAGCCGGACCACACUGCACAGGCAGGAUGUGGACUGUGAGGAUUAUUGGGAGAAACUUGCCCAAGAAUCAGAUCCGAGCAGGCAGCAGAGAGAACCGUUAAAUUACAGUGCAGUUAUACCUCAACUGAAAUCCAAGAUCCUGGCAUUUAAAGCUCAGCUGACAGGUGGCGUUAUGAAAGAACCGUGGCGGGUUCACCUCCCGCUGAAGGUCUUGCGCAACCUGAUUGUGACCUCUGACCUUGAUAAGUCGCAUCACGUUGGUCAUGAACUCCCUCGUGUCCUCUUUGACCUCGUCCGUGAUGCUGUAGAAAACUCGCACGUCAUCAAGCAGCCAUGGAGUGUCCGAGCAUAUGGAGAAAUGAUUGUUGUGCUUCUGAUCUACUGGGAGAAGCACUGUGACUGGGUGGAAGAAGAGCACAGACCAGAAGAGUUCACCAAGCCUUUCAUCACAAUCCUCAGUGAACCAGACCUCGUCCCUUUGGCGCAUCUGGCUGCCUCUGUUUUGUCUCUGUUAACACAACACGAUGUUCACGUCAAAGUGGAUAUGGACAAUCUAACCUCCUUGCUGAAAGAACUGCUUUUGGACUCCUAUGAGCCCCAACUCUCUCUCCCCUCUGGCUUUGGACUCUGUGACGGCGUCCUGUCUUUAGUCCUGCACACACUCUCUGAGCAGGAAAAUAGCUCUUCAAGUUUGGACCCAGUAAUGUUUCUGGAUUUAUGGAAAGCAAUUGGCAGUUCACUAGCCAGGACACCACCAGGCACAGACUUCUGUUCGGCAAAUGGGCUUCAUUCCUUUUUGUCUACCGCGCUGUUCAUCUUCACCGAGGAUCCACACUCAUGCAUUGCUCUGUUUUCUGAGCCCGAAUCAACAUGUGUGUACACUCUGGGCCAGCUGCUGGGCACCGACUGUCUUCAUUUGUUUGCUGAAGGCCGUCCUGGGAGACUCGAGGUGGAUCCGGGUCCUGACAGCCUGUCUGUGUUGAGCUGCCACUUGUUGUGCUUCCCGUUCGCUCUGGACCUUCCUUCAGACGCCGUGUCCGCGAUUUUACAGUCGUACGACAGUUGUGGAAUAGUGGCGAGCCUCCUGCAGGUAAUUCAGACUCUUCCUCCUGCGCUGUUGGAGCUGCCUCUCUCCCUGCUGAGCCGUUUGCUCCUGUGUGACCCCGAGCGCUCCAUUUCCUGCCUCGGAAAAGACGCUCGUGGUUUUUUCGCGCCACCGAGGGACAGCCAGCUCGCCGCCUCCAAACACCAGACUCCGCUGCGCAGAACCGCAAGCUCCCUGCUGGCUGACUUUCUGCAGCUGGAUGUGCUGUGGGACUCUGCCGUGGAGCUCUUAACUCUGUUGUCCCAAGUAGCCCGCUGUUGCCCCCGGCCCGCCCGCCUUCGGCUUCACCUGGAAGCCUCGGCGCUGCGCCAGGCGCUGGCUCACUCUUGUGACCAGAUCAGGGCCACCACAUGCAGACUUCUAGGAAACUUAGAUCCAUUCAGGCCUCCCACGCUGCACACCUUGCAGCCUGACAUUUUCAAAAGCAUGAUAGAGUGUCUUCACGAUUCCUGCAUGCCUGUCCGACGUAUGGCUUGCAGGGCGGUUGGGAACUGGUUGGGAUGUAUGGCAGCAGGGGCAAGGUUUAAAACGGGUGGCAUUGACAGUACAGGGUGGGGCGAAGGGAAGGCACACAAUGAGGCAGCAGGAGAUUUGGCUGUUAUAGUAGAACAGGGAUUGGACGAUGAGGAGGGGCGCAGUUGGACAGAGGAAGCCAGGAGGACGGCGGUGCCACUGACGUCUCUGAUCACUGACCCCGAUGCCUUCACGCGUCGCCACUGUUGUGCAGCCCUGGGAAACCUGGUACAUGUCGAUGGAGCUGUAUCCCUGUUGUUGGCGGAGCACACGUCCAGCCUGCUCCUGAGAGCUGCGUGCAUGGAUUCCCAUAAUGCAGUGAGGCAAGCAGCCAUAGCAACCCUGUGCCUGUACAGCGAGCAGGACGCAAUACGUCAGGUCCUGAGAUCCCUCGACGCCAGUAAGAAACUUCUUCAGGCUUCACAACACGCAGCUCCACAAUGUGACUAUCACCAGCUCAUCGGACAGCUCCUCUCUUUAUUGUCUCGCCUCUCAUCCUCUUCCCCGAGUCUUCCGUCCCCUCUCCUCUCUCGUCUCCUCCCGCUGCUCCACUGACCUGGGAGAAGUGCUUCUCUCUCAUCUUCACCUCCUCCUCCACCAGCCUCAGCCUGUGGGCCGUCUCGUCCUGAAGCCUCCUCUCGGCCUCCUCUCGCCUCCUCCGCUCCUCCUCCAACAUCUGCCGCCGAGACUGCACCUCCCUCUCCUGGGAGCGUCGGGAAAGGAGACAGAGGAACAGAUGGAGACAAGAGAGGAGAAAAAUAACACGGGCAAAAGGGAGUCGGGGAGAAUAUGUAAAUGGUAGGCAAAUAUUGCAAUACAAAGUGAGCGACUGUCAGAGGAGGCUCAUGAGAAUUCAGGUCCCAAUCCAGGGUUUUGUAAAAUAUAUCCCUCAAGUCUGGGUAAGCUUUGCUGAUGUAAAAUGAUCCUUGGCAGCUUUCAGAUACUUACAUACAGGUCUACUUUGUUUCAACAUGUAGAAAUAAUACAAAGGUAAACAAACUACUUACAACAUCAUUUCACCACACCUUGAGCUGAGUGAAUCACUUUUUUAUCUAUUAAACAGGAGAAACAUGAGACUCCUGCGAGAAUUCAAAAGUAUUGCUCAUCAACUUUCAGGGGAAUUAGUAAAUUCCGAUGAAGUAUUUCAUACAAAUUGUGAGUUUAUUGCAUUGUAUUUUGAUUAUUUCUCAUUUGUAUACAUUUGCCAUAUAGAUAUACGUAUAUUGAAAUUUAUGAUUUUAUCGAUAAGGCCUUUCCUUAAUGCCAGCAACAAAAAUGUAUGGCCAUAAAAUAAUGUCAUCUAAUAAUGUUAUUAAUAUUUGCCAGAAACAUAAAUAUUACUUUUAAGUGUGGGUGAGUGAGGGUACAUUUUAUACUCUCCUCUGAAACCAGCUUAAAUAUGUUCUCCUCGUUACACCAGAGGUGAGGCACGAACAUCAGUUUUAGCAGUUGACACAAGGGCUGCAACUAACGGCAAUUUUCAUUAUUGAUUAAUCAGUAAGCUGGUUUGUUUAUAAAAUGUUUAAGAAGGAGUGAAGAAUGGGCGAAAAAAUAUCCCACAGCCCAUAGAGGAUGCAUUCAAACUAUUUAUUUUAUUGGACCAACAGUCCAAAACUCAAAGAUAUUCAGUUUACUAUCAUAUAUGAAAGAAAAGCAGCAAAUAUUCACAUUUUAAAAACUGGAACUAUUAAAUUCGUGGCGUUUUCGCUUGAAAAAUGGCUAAAAUUAUUUAUAGAUUAUCAAAAUAGCUGCUGAUAGAUUUUGUGUUUAUUGAGUAAUUGACUAAUCGUGUUGAAAUAUGAAAUGAGUCGGCUCUGUGAUGGGAUAACUGAUGAUAACUGAUAACAGUCCGGUACAAUAGAACUCUGCAGCACUAAAGUACGACACUCACUCGGUUCUCCAUCAGUCUGGCUUUCUCCUGCUGCGCCUCCUUCAACAUCUUCUCCAUCUCCUCUAUCCUCUGGGCCUCUAACCCGGAGGCACUACAACACACAGAGGGAAGGAGCGUCUGAUGACACGGCCACGACUACACUUUGGAUGAAAAACGGUAAACAAACACACACACACACACACGUGCGUGGAAACCAAACCCUGCCGGCAGUAAGAGAUGGAGGAGGCGAGGUUUCCUCCAUCAACACCAAACGGAGCCUUUCAAUCCUGAACUUCACGAAAACACUGAAAACUUGGUUGGCAUGGCAACAGCCAGUGUGCUAUAGUCACGGGCGCACACAUGUAACAAAAAACAUGUCACGGGAACAAAGCGCAGUGACCCUUCUCCUGGGAGACGGGGGCAGACUUGAGUGUUCCCAUGGAAACAGAGCCGAUUGCUCAUUUUCCAGUCUCUCACCUUUCGGGGGUACAGGCGGAGUUGCCAGUGGAGACGCUGGUCUCCAUGCUGUCUGAGCUCUCCAGGCUCAGGGUGUCGUACGCUUGGCUGCCACUCGGCGGCGCCUGAUGAUGCAGGAUGGAGUGAUGGACUGUCGGAGGCAGAUCUGUGGGAGCAGAGACGGCUGUCACAGACUCACAGUGCCCUCUACUGACACUGUCAACUCAUUGCUACUGGUUGGUUAUAAUCACAUCCAAAAGCAUGUUAAACUAAGGAGAUUGGUGGUAUCCAUUCCCCCAGACGUAUGUUCUGAGUGAAGGCCCAGAUGUGCUGAAUAGAUGAGACGGGCUGAAGGAAUCACCUACCUUUGCUCUGCAGAGCCAACUUUCUCCUGGAGUCCAUGUCUAAUGGCUGUGACAUCUCUCUCAGCAUUGACUGUAACCCCUGAAAAACACAUCGAAAGUAUCACAUGUGUAGCUACAUAGAAGAUUUGUUUUACAAUUUCCAUGUGUUAAACGGAUGUGCCCACCUUGGUGGAUGCAUUUUUCUCAUGAGCAGCACCACUGGGGUGGGGCAGUGUGCAUGAUGCUGCCUGCGCAACCUCACCGUCUGAUUUGGACUUCAAUAGCUGAGAGAAGAACGACAGAUCGAUUUGGAGAGGAAGUUUAUGUGCUUUAGCUCCCCCCCCCCAAAAAAAAAAAAACCUUACCUCUUCUACUUGUUUGUCCUAAUGUGGAAGACAUUUGUUUGUGGGUUUUUGACUCAUCUGGGCAGUUGUGGGAAGUAUAUUUACUCAAGUACUGUACUUAAUGUUAGGUUUUUGUACUUUACACAAGUAUUUAAAUGUUCUGCUACUUUCUACUCCACUACAUUCAUACCUGGUCUUUUUCUGUUUCUCACAUCUUCAGCUGAGCCCAACAUUGAACUUCACUAUUUGUCUAUAUGGAGCACUCUUUAAUUUAUUAGACUUCCUUUUCCAGCUUGCAAUGUUUCUUUUUUUGCAGGAAGUUAUAACAUGCUUUACUUAAUGCUUUCAGGAUAAAGAACCCAACUGAUGAUAAGCACAAUAUUAGCAUCUGUCAGCGACAAAUCAAAGCAAAGUUCCUGAAAUUCAAGAAAUACUGCCCUGUCUUGUUUAACCCACUAGAGGGCCUCCAAGUCAUACAAAUAUGGACAGUCUGUGUGAGGAUCGCAAUGCAAUGUGGCCUGCUGUUAGUGCCCUUCAGCAACACACAGCGAGAAAGAGUGGAUCAUUUACCUGACUGUGUCUGCGUGUGGAAAAAGACUUUGCAGGCAGUGGUGGUGGAAAUGACUGAGGCUCUCCAGCGGCCAUGAUGUCCUGGUACCAGCGCUCGAGGUUAAUAGGAGGCAUUGCAUUCCUGCUCAGCUCAGGCUGGCUCUGAGGUGAUGAAAAGCGUCCAGCCAAAGAGGAGAGGGGAGCAGCACAGCACCAGCAUCAGUGACAGAAGCAACAAGCAGGUAGGAAAGAUACACACGAAACAGUCCUCGCAGCAAUAGUAAUUGCUCAGUGGAUGGCUGCAGUGUCGGAAAAAAUUGAAAUGGUGUCGUCGGUUUUUAAAAGCCAGUUUAGAGAGAAUAACAAACCUGCGCAGAGAGAAAGGAGGAAGGACCACAUGCAGCUGAGUGGCACGAGAAGGUGGAUUCAGAGGAGGCGAGUUGGAAUGAUGGGAUAGAGGAAGAAGAGGAAGGGUCAACUCUCUGCAUCCCGAAGAUCUGGCUUAACUGACUGACUGUGAUGUACUCCUUCACACACACACACACACACAGCCAGUCAAUGCAGACACAGGAGACACACACACACAUACAUUUACAGAACAGGUAGAGAGAAGAAAGAGGAAACAUAGGUUAAGAAGCCUGAAUAUUUAAGAAGGAUCAUUUGAGGUAUUGCAAAUGUGCGUAGGUGGGUUCAGUGUUUAGUAGGCUGACGAGUCAGAGGAACAGAGGGUAUGGCAGAGAGCAGGCGGGGGGUGUCUACCUCACAUGGCAGAGCCGGACCUACAGCGAAGGAGAGGCAGUGGAGAGCAGCAGGAGAGGAAGAGUGAGGUUGCAUAGCAGCAUUUCCAUACAUCCUAUAGACAUCAGCGAGCCUGAGGUACUCCUGCAGCGACAGCCAGAACACAGGGAUAAAAAUGAGGCAGGCGGCAAUAGUCGACACUUAGAAAAGUCAUGCAGAGACGCACAAAGCGAACACGUGGGCAUCACAACUCACUCGGUCUUCAUCUUUGAAAUUAACAUGGAUGGCAGUAACCAUCCAUGUUACUUAAUGGUUACUGCCAUCCAGUAACCAUCAGUUUAAUCAGCCCAAAGGUCAUCUUCCAAGUUUGUUUUAUUUUGCAUCAUCUACUGCUUUAAUUCUAGAUAGUGUAACCCUAUAAGUUGGAGAAUGUAGCAACCGCAAACAAACAUAAUAACAUAACUUUCCCCAACAACAAUUAAACUGCAUUGCUGUUGUUUGUGAGUAUUUGCAAACCCAACAACAUGCUCGUUUUUUAAUAUUGUAGAAACGGCAGCACAGGCAUUUAUUAGCCAUUUGUUAGGUGUUGUUACACAGAGGAUUUUGUCGAGGAUUACCUCUUGUAGCCUAACAGGAUAAAGUUCAGGGGAGGGCAUGUGAGAGGAGGAGAAGGAGGCAGAGGAGGGACAGGGGCUAUGAGGAGGACCGUCCACAUGAACAAGGUCAGGUUCGCUGAUGUGUAGAAAUUCCUGUUUAAAAAGUUCAUUUAAGUUAAAACUAAAUCCACUUGAAAGGAGGUGUUUUUGUUGUUGUUGUACUCCUCCUCUAGCUUAGUAACCACAGAUGGUUGUGAGAUCACGUCUCACAUGUUCCUGCUCACCUCUUUCAUGCUGCUGUUGGGCUUUGGGAAGUUUCUCCCUCCUGUCACGGUGUGGUACCUCGUCUCCAGGGCACACAACCUGUCUUGCUCCUAAAGGGCAAAACCAGCAUGGACAUAGAGGCGCUUUCACAGCUUGCCAUGCAUCGCUAUCAUGAAUUAAAUACAUGCCUCCUGCAGGACGGGUUUAUUAACGGUGAAAGGCUAACCUUGUGUAGCAGCUGCAGAGCCACCGUCCUGUCCUGAGCCAUCCUCUCACAGUCAUAAGCCGCCUGUAACCCCAGCUGCUUCACCUGUGCUUCCAUAGCGGUCACCUUCUCCUGCAAAUCAAACCUGGAUGUCACGCUGACAUAAACUCUCAACUCGGUGAUCGUAUUUUACACACAUAUACGUAUUUUCUGCUACAAUGGCGUCCGCACCUUCCUCUUGGCCACACUGCAGUGGUACUCGGCUUGCUCUUGGUGAAGCUGCGAGCUUUGAGUCUCCUUCUUCUCCUCCAGGCUGCUCUCCUCCUCCAGCUGGCAGAACUCCAGCUCCUCAAACUGCUUGGUCCCAGACUCCAGAGCUUCAGCUGUCUGUCCACGUACAGAUACACAUGCAGGUUAUUCACACUGUUUGAAGUCAGGCAGACAGAGAUAUCAAAUGAUAUGACUUUCAAUAUUUGGUUUCUUAUUGUUAACAAAAUCCCAUGAAAAGACCAAAACCAUCAAUGAUUAACUAUUGUUUGUGUAUCCAAAGCUGGACAUAUCUUAUUAGCUUUCCCUAUGAUGAACACAGACAUUGCUGCUGUAAAUACUCACUACCACAUAUUUAUCCACGGUUGAAAAUAGUCCCCAUCAAAAGCAGUUUACUCCUUUUUGAGUAACGUUUUGCUAAAAACUACAGUACUUAAUUGUUGCAGAUUGAAAACCCCUUUGCAAUGUAUCUAAAUUUGCUCAGGUUGCUGAUGGUUUCUUCUGGCUGGAGAGGUCGGAAAGUAUUGAGGGAUGGACUGACACAUUCUUGGUUUUGGCAUUUUCAUGGGAUUAGUUCACAAUGAGAAUGAGAAUGUAUACAAAAUACCAGCCUUGUCCUUUACUGUCCACGAUGAAGUAGUCAAAAUGUUAUAGCAUUAAAUCUGACAAUAAUCUGCCUGUAAUCAUUAAGUGUGCGUAUGUGAAUUGGAUCAUUCAUGGUAAAAGGCAUGCAAUUUUUUUAGAGCAGAGCUGUUAAUGACAUUAUUAAUUAUUACUAAUUGCAUUUGACAUUUCAAGCAUCCAGAAUGAGGGGAGAGCAGAGAUUAAGCAACAGUCUAAAAGAGCUGCUGGAGCAGCAAAAGCGUUGCUUACUGUUUAGUUACACUUAUAACCUUAUAUAUAUUUUAGAUAAUGAGGGGCAACAGCAGAAAAAAAAGAGGUAAAUGCACUGUCGGCACACUUAUGAGUAGCUCUGAGUGCUUCAAAACCGAGUCAGCGUUAUGUCUGUGGCCGUUUCUUGUGCAGCUUAUACACAACUGUGGUAUUUGGCAUAUCAUAACUCACUGUUGCCAGCCAGUGGGCUGCGUGAGAACACUGACCCUGCUGAGCUGCUCCUGUAACUGUUCCCUUAGAGACAAGGGGCACUUAUCAAACUGCCUCUUCAGCUCAUUGUACUCAUUCCUCUGCUUUUCCAGGGCCUUCCGCUCAGCCGAAACAUUAGCCCUCCCCUAAAAACACAUAGAAACACACACGAUUGGGUCCGCAUUCACACACACACACACACACACACACACCACCCCAGGGAGAAAAAAAAUCACAGAUAUCUCAAAUCCAUGCAGCCAAGCUAACAGGCCAGAGCAGUUAGAGUAUUAAAGGGUUGAAGCAGAAGUUAGGUUAGCAGGUGUGUUAAGAGGUCGCAAUGCUCCACACAUUGUUAAAAUGGGAGAAAAAUAAACAGGUACAUGCAGAUCUGAAUCAACAUUUUAGUGUUGGUCACAUCCAGCUGAAAGCCUCAUACAUGUAAGGAAGAUUUCCACUAUUUUCUGUCUAUUUAAAAAGCUUUAAAAGCUUCAAAGAGAAGAUAGUUUGUGCUUGGUGUUUUAGGACAGACAGCUAAUGGAUAAGCAGUGCAUGUCAGUUGACAUCUGAGAAAAAGAUAUCGAGACUGUUCGCAUGUUCAAACGCAGAUGUUCAGGAACAUUCACGUGCAAACUGCACUUAGAAGACCAAUGGCUGUAAGCAAGCCGACAGCAUUUACUGUAUUGUUUUUUUUUUCCUGGGUGCCCACCUUGUCCUUCUCUCUCUGGGUGGCCUUGUCCAGCUGGCUGAGUUUGAGCUGCAGCUGAGAGAUGAUUUCAUUUUCAGCCUCCACCUGCUCCUGCUCGGCCCGCCUCUCUGCCUGCAGCAGGGCCUGCUCCAUCUCCACCUAGAGACACACAUGGAGUCAGAAUCUGCGAACCACCUGUCAAGCUCACUAAAUACUCAAGCUGCAGCUCCAGUUCACUGACUCUGUGCUUCAAGUCAUCAACCCUGGCCAAGAUCCUGCUCCUCUCCUCCUCCAUGUAGACCUGCUCCUGACCGGCUAACAGCUCUUCACACUGGAACAUAUACAUACAACUUUGUUUUAAGAUGUUUUAAAACUUAAAACAUCUUUUAAGAUCAGACGUAAUCUAAUGCAUGCCUUCCCGAAUGUGUUUAUUACCUCUUGGUGUGUGCUCUCUGUGCUGCUGGACUCCUCUCUCUGGGUUUCCUCAUCGUUCUCUCGCAGCCUCUGGGGUCUGUCUACUCCCUGAAGGGACAUCCCCCCCGCUGUGUCCGAGCAGGUUGCUCUGGCGCCCCCCAGCAGCCCGCUUCUCACCACCUCAGCCAGCUCCGCAGCACUGUCCUCGUGAUUAUAAUCCGCACACAGAUGGAGGAUGGUCUCCAGCCUCUGUCGCUCCUACAGAAGAGAUGUGAAACGCUCAGUGCUGCAAGAAAAUCCCAGUCAAGGGUGUAAUUGCAACUGUGGGGCAGUAACAAGAUGGUGAGAAGGUAAGGUGUCAUCGGUUUUUGUCAAUUCAUCACGAGUUGUGCUGCCUACAUAUUAAAAAACAACUGACUUAUUUGUAAUAACAUGCUUGUGGACGUGUCUACAUGUGCAAACAAUAACAUAGAUUACAGAGGCUGUCAGUACAGAGAUGUCUGGGCUUCACAGACUGUAGAUUACCAUGGAGGUUAAAACGAUGUGGAGUAUCCUGAUCUUAUUAGCUCCUCUUACACGUUAGUCACGUUAACAGGGUAAUGGUGCAGCAUGAUUAGGCAAUUUAACAAGCUCUCAAUGAGUUUUCUAAUGUCCUAUUCAACAAGGACAUUAAGAUAUCUAUGAAAUAAUUGGUGCAUAACUUAAAUGAGCAAAUAUAUCAUUUUAAACUAGGUGUUUGAUAUCCACCCAUCCCACCAACACACACACACACACAGGUGUUCACCUUCCAGCAGAGGUAGCAAGGUGAUGGCGGUGCUCAAGCGUCCACUCCCCAAACUAACCAGGUGGGGGCGCUCUGCCUGGACUUUCAGGGACUUGCCUGUCUCAAUCAGGUCUAAAGGUGUGCUCUGUCAAUACAAAAUCAAUAAAAAAGACCCAUUAUUUUAUGAUUCUAAAACUUCGUUACUUUCUACACACAGCAUAUUGAUUUUACACUUCUUAACACACAGUAUCUGUCUGCAAAUGUAUGGCUGAACAUGGUAUAAUUAUAAUAACAGACAGAGCAUAGAAAUGAUAUAUAAAGGUAGAUUUGUCUAUUUACUGCAAGCACGGAUUGGUAGAUUCAUCUGUUUAUUGAUUUUGUUGCUAAACACUUUUAAGUCCUUACACAAAUCAAUCACUCCUCAGUUAUAUUGAGUAACAAGCUGACUCACAGCAGAUAUAUAAUAGUAAUAAAGUCAGUUUCUCAUGAUUUAGCACCCCAGUUAUAUCAACUGUAAAUCGUGAUUUGAUAAAUGACUCACCUGUAAGACCUGAUGUGUCUGUCUCCCAUGUUCCACUUUAUUCCUGCUCACGCGCUCCAUCUCGUCUGGACUGUCAGAAUUAUCUGACACAUGAAGAUCCUGAAGCAAACACACAUGCAGAGAGAGAGAGAGAGAGAGAGAGAGAGCAAGGCAUGAAUGGGAGCUCUGGGAAUACUGCUAGUUGUACUACAAUGGGAACAGUGCUUUCCUUAGCAACCUCCUGCCCCACUUGUAAGCCCAUGUGACCAAACCAUUAUACUGGGUAAUUGUUUCACCAGACAAAAUGAUCCAUCUAGAAGCUGUAUGCCUCAAUCUAAGAGAGAUUACUGGUUUCCCACAUUUGACAACAGCCUGCUAUUGUGUGAGUAUCAUCACAAAUGUACUUUUGAGAUGGAGCACAAGGUAUGAAUGAGCUCUGCAGGUCCCUCACACAUCAGGGGUCUGAUCACCGCUCACCCGGCCCACAAUGAGUCACUGUGACUCACAUACACAUCUUACAAACACACACACACACACACAUGUUUGCAGACAGAUGCUGCAGAUUUGAUCCAGCUGUCUGCUCAUCGCGGCUCACAUGAGACGAGAGGGAAACAGGACCAGACGGACCUCAAACAAUCACCCACAGACACAUACGCAGCCCAGAUGACUCACCAUGUUUUUCUACUAAAAGCUGGUAUCCGCGUCUCUCGCUAUCGCCCACAUGGGUUGCUUGUCCUGGCAACAAUUUAGUAUCAGCUCAGCAUUCCAAGCCAAACUGAAAUAGACACAACUACCUACUAUCGAGUGUUUGUUGUGUCUACCAUGACCAAACCUAAAUUGCUGUCGUGUUUGACUGUUGAAAUUUCAAAGGAGAUCUCUUUACUUUAAUGAUCUGUCUGAAACUGAAGUUUCUGAAACUCUACUGGAGGAACGAAUGCCAUCUUUCCGAAAGAUAUUCCUGUAUUUGGUGCUUUGAUGGCGGUGGUGGAGUAAGGUGUCUGACUGUGUUGAAAAUCGUUUCCACUGGGUUAACUAUAAGGUAAUAGUAUAUGGUUCACAUUGCGUUCAUACUCCUCAAACCGUUCAAUAAUCUGUUUCUCAUUUAUUCUGCUUUUUCCUUUGAUUUCACACCUUUCUGUAGGUCAGGAAAUGACCACAUCAGCCCAUUUGCACAUCAACACAUGACUGUUGCAUCAAAGGCAAAUGCCUGGGCUCUUUGUCGCUCCAUGCUGACAUCACCGUUCAAGUCAAAUUCUUGAAAAAACAAAGAAGAAUUUGCCAAAAACCAUCCACAGCUGCUGUGCUCCCACUUUAGCCCCGGCUGAGACAACAGGGCGUUCUAUCCGCGUCUGAUGUCACUGCGGACGAAGCCGCCGCAUGAAACCACACAUGUCUGACAAUCACGUCCAGUGUGUGGGUCUCAGAGGACCCAGUGGCACGGAGAACAGACCGUCCCCUCUGUUCACCGUUGACACUGGACCCCUCACGCCUCUGCCGUCAGCCCACUGGCUGUCAACACUGGCCCUCUUUGAGCCACGCAGUCAGACACAGGACAGGACAGUGGGCAGGGUAAUGUCUCUCUGGCUGUCUGACUCACACACACACACACACACACACGUGCACACAUAUACUCCCGCUCCCACAAGCCUCAGUGAUUGAACGUACACACCCAGGCCAGAGAAUAGUUUUAGUGCUUGCAAAUGCAGGGCCUUGCACUGUAACCUGUGAUUAUGGGGGCAGUUAUGCCCUUCAGAGUUGCCAUGAGCUUCUGAAAAUAGACACCGCCAGCCACACGGUCUGGGCUGCUGCUUUUAAAGAGAAAUGAUUUCUGCUCAGAGCGAACACUGACAAAAUUGACAUUUAACAUGAUGAAUAAAAUUAAAUAGAGUGUUAUUUUUAUGAAGGAUGAUAUAAAAAACAGGCAGAACACAAGUUACAAACAUAACAGUGCAGCAAACACAGUCAACAGUUUACUUACUUCACUGACAGGCAUGCAGCUCUUACCAUUACUCUACUCUUACAGAGUCCAGACAACAGCUAGAUCCAUGAGUUUGUCUGAAGUGUAUUUAUCCACAGAGCAGCAUCCACAUAAUUGUUUAUGUCUUGCUCCGAGCUUUCUUCAUUCACUCACUGAGUUCUUCUGCUAUUUCCCUCCUCCCAACCCCUUCUCCUCCCUGAGAGCAGAGUUACAGAGGGGGAACCCGGCAUCGGCACUGCCCUCUAAAAUGUGCUAUUACAUCUCACUAAAUUACAUGGUUUUUUUUUUAUUGACUUCCUUUCUCUUUCCUUUUUUGGCAGAUAAACCCUAUGAGGAAAGAAAAUCAACUCUAUAUUAAGAGAGGCGUUGGUGUCAAAGUCCAGAUCCUCCUCAGAGAGUCCCUGAGAUGUAUUCCCUCCUACAGGAUUUCCAUUGAUUGAAAGAUCAGCUGGACCGCACCAGAUGAUCAGAGGAGGAGGCUGGAGACCAGACCCCUUCAAUGCCGACCAGUGGGAACCCUGUCACCCCGCCGCUGUGCACUGCGGUUACAGCUUAUACCCACGUUGUCAUCGCAGAAGCGUAGCACCCACCCUCCGGUUCCCCCUCAGGUAAACACUGUUAGCACUGACAGCACGGUUGCUGUUGUUUGCACUGUUAGCACCGUUAGCUGUUAGCACCGUUAUCUGUGAGCCGCCGGCUGAGAUCCGUUUGGGGCCAAACUAUAUGAUCUGCAAUCCGUAUUGAACACCUUUAAAAGUAGGUUUUGUAGACUUGAAAUAAAUUAUUUUUCACUGAGAUAAAUAUACUGUACUGUAUGUCUAAAUGACUGGUGAUGGCACAAAUUCAACAAUCCACUACAUUUGACACAGUUUCCAUUCCCUGACCUUUGACACGCCCGAGAUGAUCAGCGUGCUCCUCUUGGUUGGCGUCUUCCGUGCUACUUUGGAGGCGGACUCUGUCAGCUGCCGGAUGGCCGUCUCUGCAACAGGAUCCAGGCCAUUAGAGAGGCGGCUGCUCUCUGAGCAACAAAAACACAAACAUGUCACGAUAAACAAACAAUCAGCACUAUACUAGUAAACUGCAUAUAUAAAAAGGUGCACAUUAUUGAAUAUAUUUCUGUUGCAGUACAAGUCAAUUAGAAAAUGUAUGCUUUAUCAGAAAUAUACACAAAGAGCCCAUUGUUGUAUUGUAUUGAAAUACAGAAAUCAUAUAUGUCGUUAGAUCUGUCAAACGUUGUCUAUCGGGUUUAUCAUACUUUUUUGCUUUUUGCUUUGGAUAAGCAAGAAGUUUCUCUGCGUAACCCUGUUGUGAAACUAAAUUAAGGUUUUUUGAACAGGAGUUCCUAUCCCGAGAGUGCAUAAUGUGUACUAAAAAUUGCAUUCCUCUUAUCUUGUGUUACAACGCAGCUUGCUGCUUAUCCUACUUUGCAUUUGUUAUGUAAAACAACAUCUGGCCUUUCAGUCUAGAACUCACUGCUGAGGUUGGGGCUGGGGCUGGUGCUGCUUCUGCCAUCUGACAGGAUAGUGGGUUUCCUCUCAGUCACCUCCACUUUGGACGGCGAACGCAAAGGGGAAUCACCUAAAAGGCAUCACAAAUAUUUGAUGUCAUUGUUUAAUACCGACCACAACAUUCUUUCAUAUCUUCUUGUACACCUAACCUGGCACAAUGUAAUACUUUACUCUGUGCAUGUACCUGGACUGCGGUCCAGCUUCAGUCGAGACUGGACGGUCGUGAUGGUGGUGACUAUGGUUCCGUCUGGCAUGAUGGUUCGGUCCACAUCGACUUUCUUGGUGGGGGUGAGUGAGGAACGAAGCGGCAAAGCAUUGUGGGUACUGCGGGCCUCCUCUGUUUCCACAUACAGCAGCUGGAGGAUUAAGAAUAAUCUUCAUUUAGCUAAUAAAGCGUAACGUGGGGGUGGGCACUUUAUUAACGAGGUGGCCAUUUAAACUGACAUCUGGACCUGCCGGGGAAAAUUUCAGACAACUUAUCAGUGGAGGCACAACAGGUUGCAGGAGAGGUACAGGAAAACAGGGAGUGUACCAAUAUGAACUGUUAGCCUGCAGAGAUGAAGCAGAUGUUCAUUCAGAUGUCGUCUUUGAUGAAAUAUGUUGAUAGCAAGAAGUGGAAAAAAAAGGCAACAAGUUGGCUGAUGAAUAGGUCAGAAGAGAUCUGAGACAGCAAUCACAGGUAUGACAAUGGACUAUGUAUCCGCUGUUAUGCAACACUCCCUCUCCUUCUGUGGUGAAUCUCUGUUUCGUUCCAGCCUGCUUGACGUUAGAUAAUAACGUGUGAUGUAACUGUACACUUCAAAGCACGAGAAUGGCUUUGAGAGAGCUUUCCAUUAUUUUCACAGAAAUGAGCUGCAUCUUGUUUCCCACCUCUGCUGUGACGGUGGCGUUGGGUGCCAGGCCGUGGCCGGGGCUUAUUGACAGCGUAUGCUGUCCAGUGGGAACUUUGCACCGGAGGUCCACGGCGAUGCAGGCGUGGCCAGGCAGGAAUUCUAUCCAGAUUUAAAACAAAAACGAAAGUCUUAACAUAGUUGUACAAAAAGCGUGAAAGCAGUUUCUUUUUUGUAGUUCUGAGGCCAUAAUGGGAGCAUCUCCUGACAUUUUAUACACCCUAAAACGCUAACCAUUACAGUGAGCCUGCCAACAGUGCAUUUGGGGCAUGAAGAUUUUGCUUAAGCAGUCUAAACAUUCCUGCUGAUCAGGUUUCUCAGACGCAGCCAACACUAAAACGCUAUCGAGCAAUGCCUUACGUUCCCUUUUGCCGUUCCGCUCCAGAAGUCUUACUCUCAGCUCUUUGGUCUCUAGGCCCGGCUCUCUUCAACACAAAGCAAACAACUGUGUAAGAAUUCAAGUAAAACCCCACUAUGCAAACAGUGUGACUUCUUCCUCAAGCGGAUUUUUCCUGAAAAACUUCAAAUCUUAAAUAAUAUUCUAUAACAUUAAUAUUCGUUGGCAUGAAUGUACACAAUCAUGACUCAAUAACUGCAGGUAGGCGUCAUGGCUGCCAUCUUACAGAGUGAUUUCUUCACUCCAUUCCACCGGGGCGUUGGGGUUGCUGGGCGCAGGCAGGAAGCAUGUUGACCUCUCUGUGGAGGGUUGGUUCAGGCUCAGGACACAGCACAGCUCCCCCGAUCUAGACCACUGACCUGAAUGCAGAAAGCCAGACAGUGAGACCUCGGCUCUCCGCAGGAAGCUGGACGGACAUGAUCUGACGCUGAGGGAAAAUGUCUGACCUUUACUUAAGGUCGCCCUGAGCUGCCGGAGCAGUAGUCGUUUCACUAAGACACUCUGGGAAACAGAGUUCAAUCUCACUGAUAGAUGGUCCAUGGGAGCCUGGGAGCGUGCAGACAAAGGGUGACGGGUACAGGUUCUAUCAUUUAGUAUCCACUCACAGCAAUUGAUUUGUUUAAAAAAAGAUCCUUGUUAUUUACUCUUAUUGCUGCGAAGGUAGCACAACGCAUGUUUUCUCACCAGAGGACUGGAUGCACAGGUCUUGAGGUUGAGGACCAUGGCCGGCUGAGUGCUGAACAGAGUAUCCUCUACCAGCCCCUUAAUCGUGUCCAGGUCUGCACCCCCCUCAGUGCCCUGAGAUGAAAAAGAAGCAGCUGAUAAUUCUCUGAUGAUAAACCAAAGCAUGGGAGGUCAACAAACUCAGCUAUAGACACAACUGGGGCUUUUAAUGCAUUUGUAUGCCUGAUAUUAUCUUACUUAAUAAUAUAUAAUAACAUGCAAGAUUAUUAAUGAUAAUAAACAUAAAAUAUCCAAGAGGAACAAACAGACUUUAACUGUUUGCUGUUGCUGUAAUCUAAAAGCCAUGUAGUUUGUUCAAAAAAGCAGCUUUGGAGGAUUGAACCAUUCAUACCCAGUGGUUAUUAUAUAUUAUAUAUAAUAAUCAGUGGGUCUGCCCAAUAACUGUCUUCAGUAGUAGUUCAAUUUCUUCUGCUUAAUAUAUGUUUUUAUGUUACUUUACUGGCGUUGUUAAAUGCUCGUUAAUGUAAAGAUAAUUAUGCAUUUGAUAUGCAUGCAACCUAGUUUGUAAACUGUAAACGGGUUGAGAAGCGAGGCCUCUGCUGACCAUAUGAGACGGACAUAUCAUAUUAGUGGUGUCAGUAUCCGAUAUUCUCACUUGUCUCUGCAGCUUGCAUGGAGACACGCUCAGAGUAAAUGAUGGCUGCUUGGAAAGAGUCCAGGACAUCAGCAGACCCUCGUCCUCCACCUCCUCCAGACACACCACCACCUGACGGAGACCGACAGCAGGUUAACCGUCAUGCUUUUACGAUAUAGUAUAAGAGUAAUAAUAUUAAAGGAUUAAACGUGUAGAAUUUCUCAUUAUUAAAUAAUCACCACACUAUUUCAUUUUGAUGAUUUAGUAAAACAGGACUCUUCCUAGAAGAUUGUCCGUCUCUGCUAGCUUCUACAAAACACUUACAUAAUAAAGCAACAUUUGUAAGAAGCGAACAAGCAGAAAACGCUUUAUUCACAAAAGUAAAAGUUUGUCAUCAUGCUAGAUGGUGUAAGGAGGGACGCACAGUUGGGAAAUCACAUGAUUAUACUCUUCCCUCUAAGCUUCCCUUUCACCGUCCAUUUCUGUCUUCCACCGUGACGAUUUCCCGGGAAGAUUAAGGCUCCAUUUACAGUCGUGGGAAACAAAAUGCUCUGUGUCCUGUGCAGUGUUGCCAACUCUUUUCCAAUGAAAGUAGCCAGCACUACCUCCCAAAACUGCUAAAAGUCACCAGAUGACGUCAAAGGACAAUUUGCAUAUUGGCGAUGUGAUGGUGUAUUAAUUUGCAUAAAGAUGAGCGUUUUUUUUCGGUUGCAGCGACGGUGCAAGAGGAGAGGGAGAGAUCCUGUGAUGUUGGCAGAAUAACUAGUCACUGUGUUUAGCAUGGGGAAUGAAUUACAAUAUAAUAUAUUUGAAUAUAUUUCGUGGCAUUUCCCUUAUGGUCUGAAUAAAUUGCUAAAUGUGUUGCUUGUAGUAAACUCUGAGUGAUCCAGUUGCUCUCUGACUAAUGAUAAAUGGGUUCUUAGUUGUGAUAAAUACUUGCACUACUGAAAUAAGAGAGGCUAUUGAUUGUCAUGAAUAGUAAAAUAUACUUAAGACUCUUUAUUUAAUGACAGUGAUGGCGGGAUUACACGUGAUUCUUUACAUUUGAAUAACGAUGCAAAUGAUGCUCCUGAGAUUCUCAUUUGUUUUGGAGGCCUGCCCUCAAAUGUGCAAAUUGCAAAAAAUCCAUGUGGUGUGCUUUCGUACCUUUGCCACCAUUGGUGCUAUAGUGAUCUGAUAGGUCUCCAUGGAAAUGGCAGCUGGUGACUGCUGAGUGACCGUCACAGGAAACGUCACUGUGUCCACCCAACAUUUACAGUGUAAAACCUGUAAAACAAGAAGAGGGCUGUCGAAGGAAAAUACAGAAAUGGCGGAAAACGUUCAUGUUUUGACACAGAAAAUGUGAUUUUUUUUUUGUCAUGUAUUUCCCCAAUUAAAAUAAACUGGGUGACUGGCUAAAUUAGUUAAUUAGUUAUAGCUGUAAUUAACAGAGACUACGAAGAUCACGUACCAUUCGGUGUGCCGAUUUGUCAGUGCAGGUCACACUAUCUAUUUCAGAGGCAGCAGUUAACUGGAGACUGCUGUCAAAAGUGAUCUGGAUGGAGCUCUGGGAGAGACAGAGGAAGAGAACAAAUGUCCUAAAUAUUACAUAAGAGAAAGAGGAGUGACUAUCAGGGAUGACAGAAACGACUGUGCUGCAGUGAUGAAUGAAGCCUUUAAUGUAGCUGGGAAGCAGUUAGUCACCAUCCUUAUGGAUCUUUACUCAAUUAGUAUGCAAAUAAAUGAACUGCUGCAUUUCAUGAAUUUUAAGCAUGUUUGGUAUCAGACAACUAGGUAGUUCAUUGAUCUUUGCUCAGAGUGAUUGAACUCACAUAUGCUCCUGAUCACCUCAUCCACAUGCUAAUCACACAAUGCUUCUGCUUCCCUUCCACAGCAACCUCACAAGCUUCGCGGGAACAGAAAUGUUCCUCUUGGCAAACUUUGAGUCAAGAUUAUUAAUUAAGUCUCAUGCGGAAAAUGUACAUGAAUCAAUAAACAGACUCUUGUAAGGUUCUAUUAUGUGUAUGUAAACAAACAUGAGGCUAUUGUAUUUACCACGCAUGACAAAGCACAACUGUGGUUUUAAGUCCAGGCAGAUCUGUGGAUAUGUGCACUCAGAUGAGCACUGACAAAGGGUGGCAAGUAGUAUGUUCAAGUUAAUAUGAGCUUCUGUCAUUAUGCAGAAGUUGUGGAUUGAUCAGGCUGCUUUAGCCCCACAGCAGCGUCCAUUAUGAAGACUGCAUCAGUCAAUGCUUAGUCAUGCUUACAGCAAGGCAGCUUUCACUGUUGGACUUGGUAGACACCCCCUAACAAAAGGAAUCUCAGUUGUGAGAAAAGAGUCACCAGAACCGCGGCAACACCAGUGGCCUACUAUCACUGUGUGUGUGCCAGAGGAUCUGUUUCAAUAGACGGCUUUCGACUGGCUCGAGAGAUGGAAGUGAGAGAAAACAAAUCCCCUAUUGUUAGGGCAUAUGUUCCUCUAGCUCCAAGUCCAAUCUCUAUCAAACACAGCAGUGGAGGCGGGGUAGAGGUGGGAGUAUGAUAUAACAAAGUUUGUGGUGUGUGUGUGUGUGUUUGUGUGUGUGUCUGUGAGCAUGUGCAGGCGUGUUUGUGUAUGUGUGUGUGUGUCAGUGUUUCAGCAAAAAGGGCAGGAAGCCAAAAGCAAUGCUGCAACCUUACGUAGGUUCCCUGGACCAACACUGCAGCCACAUGACUAGAGCGUACUACCGGCUGUGUUUACUUCGGUUGGUUGGGGCUUCUAAAACUGCUCAGUCACCCAACCAACCGUUCAUUACAUCCAAAGUGCAGAACGAAUAUGAUGUGAGAAAUCCAUUAAUCACAAUAUUCUGAUUGUGUGUGGCUCAUAGAUCGGCAUUACUAAAGGUUUGUGUCACAGCAGUCAAACCCCACUGGCAUCUUUUCAAUGAGGCAAAUUGGAGUCAGUACAAUGUUGUGAGCAAAUACUCCUAAAUGUCAGUAUGUUUUUUUGGGAUACGCACAUUCCACAAUAAUGAGCACGAUGAGAGCAAAAUAGUGUUACGUUUUUAGAUUUGUUUUCGGCAUUUUGCCUUCAUUAGUUAUCUGAUAGUGUAGACAUAAACAGGAAAUACGUGGGGGGAGAGCGUGUGGGAUAUGACCACAGAUUAUAUAUAAAUAUGUAUAUGAAUGUGUAUGUAAAUAUUUAUAUAUACUCUUUAUAUACAGUUUAUGACAUCCACAAAUGUCUGUAAUGCUGAUAUGGUACACAUCACCACUGGGCCACCAGACGCUCCCCAGUGUUGCCCUGUUUUUGCUAUUUUUAAGCCUAAAAAGCCUCAGGUCCAGAUCACAAUUUAUGACAAGCCACAGUGCAUUUACAGCACAGAUUUGUGUUUUUUUUAUGUGAAACAUGGCAAAGACAAACGAACACUUUAUUUUUUUUCAAAUCACUUCAGGACACACAGCAGCACAGGCUUGCCAAUAUGUGUCAGUCAAAAUCUUGCGUGCCUGAAGGAAGGUUGGGUCGGUUGUUGUUUCCACUGAUAUGCUUUUAAAAUCACUUUCUAGGCUGAACUAUAAUCCAAGCAUCUUAUAUUUAUCUUAUAUUUAACAUUAUUAAGCGUACAUGCUUGUAAAUUAGAAUGGCAGCCAUUACCCAGUUUUAAGGUCUGUUUUGGACCCUGAAAUUAAAUAUGGUUGGACAUUUUUAAAUAUGAUUUACUCAUUUGGUAAAGCCUUGAAUAUCUAACUAGUUUAUGGUUUUCUAUUCUUUAAAAGGGAGUCCACUCAGAUAUUUGGCAUCCAUUGGCUUUUUAGGUAGCCAUCUGGUGCUCUGUGGUGUUGUGCAUCCUCCUGGCAGAGGCUGCAGAGCUAAUUUUGUCAUGGACAGGGCAAUGCUAGCAGCAUGACCUCUGAUUCGUCCUUGUGCAACACUGCUGUUCGACUGUGUGUGUGUGUGUGUGUGUGGAAGGUAUUUCUGGAAAGACACUGUUCCUGAGGACAUCCAUGGUGUCACUUCAGGUUUGUCAGAGUCACCCCCUUUGGGUUCGCCUGGCUGAACGCCUCUGAAAAGCAUGUGGGUCAACCAGAAAUACCCCCCCCCCCCCGUGGCUUUUGUUGACCCUCAUCCUCCUUUCCCUUCCUUUUCAGUACUGUGUAUCUCAGGUUCAGGCUACAAAAGGGUACAAACGUUGUGGUGUCGAAAUAGCUAUCCAACGUUCAUGUUUCAUAAUUCAUAGCAUUCUAUACAUUUGGCUAACACAUGCUUCAUGACUUUUUUACCCAUAGUACCAGUGCGGCUGGAGGGGCUGGAGGGCCAAAAGUACAGUUUAUAAAAAUUAUAACGAGAAGGAACAAGACUGAAAGUGAAGCUUCUAUGUGAAGCAUUUAGAAUUUAGCUUCACUUUAUAAUUUUUUUCAGGUACAAAAUUAUAUUAGAAUAAUGCGCAAUGUGUGUCUCCACUUUAAAUGCCGAGUCAGAGGAGCCACCUUGUAGACCAAUGCCUGCCACGGAAAGUUUGUGUUGUUAAAAUAGAACUUUGUGGUGAAGUUCAAUUUCAUCAACGGCUGUGAGUGACUGACGUUAGUUUCCUGCCCUGUCAUUGCAAAUGAGUGCUGAGUGCUUAACGUACCCCCUCGUUAAGAAGAAAUCUACUUGAGCAUAAUCACACAGCAUUAAUCAUCUACCGGCAGCUCACAGUCAGAGGGGAGAAGUGAACUGUGGCCCUCAAGAUAAUCACCAGGCUCUUUAAAAUUGCAGAUCUUGAAUGGACAGGGAGCUUCCUUCCCUGCAGAUGCACACUUGUGUGCUCUAUUAGUCCUCCUCUACCACCCACUGAACCCAGUGACAAUGGCUUGCCACCAUGUGUCAGCUGCAGAUGCACACACGGUUUGCGAUGCUGUUAUGAUUUGCUGGUCUGAAGAGGCCAACCAGUUCAGUCCUUCAAGCCUCCUCCACGAAAUACUCGGGCCAGAAACAAGUGAGCCGUGAAACAAGCCGCAUCGUGGGGUUACUGUCCAAAAAGAGCAGGAGGUGCUUUUUAUGCUUCUGAACAGAUUCAGGAGUCUAUAAUCUCUCUGUCUGAAAGGCUCAGUGGAACCACGGUGUGCAAACCAAGCUAAUCUGUGAACGCACACAGCUAAAUCAGAAUUAUGCUUAUUUUGACUUCAUAAAGUGUUCAAGGGUAUACAAGUAAAUUGAAUGAACUAUCGUGACUCCAUGGAAAUCACCACGUGUACGUGUUUUUUGUUAUUGCAGCAAGUGGGCAUCCUUCUAUUAACAUUGUCGUGGGGGAGGGGGGGGGGGGUGUCUAGACAUAUCUGCAAAAUUGUGAUGAAUCUAUCUCACCCACUCUGCUUUUUACCCUGGGGUAGUAAUUGUCUCCUCUAAUAUAUAUCUUAUGAAAGGCAUUCACCGUCUAUACAAAUUCAUCUGAGGAGGAAAAUACAAAUAUCUUGGCUAAAUAUCUUCAAGGCUGAAGCUGAAUGGGGCACUGCCACUAACACCAUGUCUCUUGUCCGUACAAAACCAAAUGACGCUUUAGCUUGUUUGCUGCUGUUUUCUAUAUUUAUGUAACAACCCCCCCCACCAUCCUGUCACGAUUCAGCCCCCCCCAGAGCAUUUUUUUGUCUUGUCCUGCUGUUUUGAAGACUGGAAUUUGGGAGUCAGGGUCGGGUCUCCCGUCAGGACGGAGUGUCGUCAUACAGCAUUCUGACGACACUCGACAUUAGUGUCACAACAUAAGCUGUUCUGAAAGCGAGUGCCGUUUACACGUCAGCAUUGCUGAGUUCCUGGCUUAUGCCGCUGUCUGCUGCAGUGAGCAGAAUAUUGACGAGGACAGCCGAAGCAGACCAGUUAUUCAAAACUACAGACAGUGACCCACUGGCACUUGUGAAAUCUUCAUAAUAAGAUUGAGAGAAGAUAGGUAAAGCCCCAUGAAUACCAAAUAGCCGCAGUAGAAGCGUUAAAAACAAAAGCAAAAAAAACUUCCUUUCCUGACUGCUGCUGAAAUAUCCAUAAUGUUCAUCCAUAUUACUGAGAACAGAAUACAAUGGCAUCUGUCAUUCGUGCAGAAAACACAGAUCCUGAAACUAAUAUCAUUUUUCACAAUGAUCCAAAGAGAGACUGUAUUAAAAACCAUUAUGUGUAUAAUUCUACAGAUAAUGGUGAUAUAAUGAAAUCAAAUCCAGUUUGAGUGUUACAUCCUUUGUCGCCUAGUCUUUGAGUCAGAUGUCAGAAGUCAAAAACACAGCUUUAUACUUCAAAAGAUAUGAAAUGCAUAACUUUGAUGGUAUAAUAUAUGGCAUACUCAUUUAUCUAAUCCUCAGCAAGAGAGCGAUGAGAAGUAUUCCCCAAAAUGUCCAUCCUUUAAUCACCUAAUCCUUUUGUCAGAAUAGUUGAUUCAUUUUCUGUCAAUGAAUUCAGCUCUACAUAUAAUUAUUUCAUGGAGGGUACAGAUGGAUAUUUGUACCAUGGAAGGUUUUGUAAUGUAACUUUUCUGCUGCAGUGUUUCAAGUCUUUAUUAUUAUUUGGGGUCUCACAAGGUGUUGAGUAAAAACAAAAUCCACUCUAAUGCUUGACCAAACAUAACGAGGUCUGCCGGGGGAAAGGUUUUUGCUGACUUGCCAACCUUCCAUGCGGGCUAAUUCAACUUGCCUUUUAUUUGGAUACAUUUCAACAUAAUUAUUUAAAGGCCUCUGUCAGCAUCAAUCUUAAAUGCUGCAGAAGUACUUAGGUUAAUUCUAUAAAGGAGUUGCGUGCUAAUCCCUACAUGAUGAUACUGAAGCCAUAUCUGGGUGCUGUGUUCCUGCUGAGAAGCUCAUGUUUUUGCUGGAUGUACUAACAUAAUCAGGAAAUGCAAGUUGGAGGAGAACGUGAGUCUUGGGGGAUUACAUUUUGGGCCAGCUGCUCUAGUGUCUUUUUUUGAAGUGGCAUGGCAACAUGCCCGGCAGGUGCUUAUUGUGUGUGAGAGGUGAGGAAUGCCAGGUGACUCGCUUGUGGGCACUUAAUACUUGCAGGUUUUUCCAGUCCGUCUUUUUUUUGUGAGGAGGUGAAACACCACAACAACAAACCAAGUUACAACUCUUGAGUGUAAACCGCACAGACCAAAGGACAGAGUCUACUGGCUAAUAUAACAUUGAUGUAUAAUGUUACAACUUAAUAAUGAACGGCGUGGAGGCCCAACAUGUGACCUUUAAGCUACAAGACGAGGCCACACCGGCUCUUAGACGGACUCCUGGAGGGAUAUCUAUUCAACUAGACGUGUUCGUAAUUUGUUAUUUCAAUAUCAAGUUCAAGGUUUCAUUAACAUCCGAACAAGUGAUUUGCAUAUGGCCCAGACACAUUUAGAAUAACAGACUGCUCUGCACGCAGACACAAUGACUAGCAGAUAUUUCCUUGUGACGAGUGGAAGCUGUCGGGAGGCUUUGGCUUCACACUCUCAGUUCACAAACUAAACACCACAUGGACAGACACACACUGAAUGCUUGUCUCCGUCUCCUUCCUCCAACACUGAGGCAUUUGCUCAGUCUGGAAAUUAUCUUACAAUAAACAUGAUAUACUUCAUCACUGCCAGGGUAAAAAGCCUUGUAUCUACUGUUUUUUUUUUUUUUUUUCCAGCAUUUCAAAAGCCUGAAGGUCAUACAGUCAUCAUAGAUGAAUCCCAUCGAGGAGCAUGAAGGCUUGCUCAUUCAGAGCUUUGACCCAGGUCCGCUGCCAGUGCUCCCUGAAGGACUUAAAGGAGAAGAGAGAGGUCAACAGGCCUUUCACCCCGGCCUCGGGCAUAGGUCCUCCAUCCCGGCCUAAGCGGAGCUUCAGCAGGAAUCCCCACACACCUCCAGCCAGGCUCUGGUGGGGCUGUGUGACGGGGAGCUGCUGCCCGGCUGGUCCCUUCCUGUCCUGCUUGUCUGCUGUCUUCCUGGAUCUCCACAGACGCAGUACGGUCAGCAAGUACUGACACAGCCAUCCCAGCACAAUGAGCAAGGAGGUUAGAAAGAGACCCACCAGACACAGCCAGCCCAACUCCUGCAGCUCCAUCAGCGUCUCCUGGAGCCUCUCAUGUCACCAGGUCCAGGUGGAAAUAUCAGGACUGUCAGUCAGAGCAGAUCAGCCCCCUGUAGCCUGUGAGUGGCAGCAAAAGACAGCCAGUCAUCUUGAUUCAAAGGGUAACGUUAUUAAUAAGUUAUAACUGAGGAAUAACCCAUGGAUGCGCCGACAUGGUGGCUAUGACCGCUUUAAUUGUAAUUUUCUUCUUUUUAGAUCACGUUAAAAAAGGUCACGUGUGUGUGUGUGUGUGUGUGUGUGUGUGUGUGUGCGUGUGAAGCAGAAGCCCAUGUACUGACACUGCGCUACCGUUACGUAUGUUAGAUAUGUGAGAAUGAAUCGUGCAUUAGCAAAGAGGACGGUGUUAGCGGACAAAACUCAGAGAACAAAUCGUGGCUCCAUACCAACCUACCGUUUAACUUAAACAGUCCGUGCUGCAGGCUGCAGGGAAUCGAAAGCAAUGCAUUGGAAAUGUGAAGCUGGCUUCAUGGCGAUAUGCAUCCAACAACUAAUGUGUUUGUCCCAUCUCCGAGUCAUCAGCGAUGUUUGGACCGGUGUCCCUCUGCAGACAUUUAUCGAUUCAGAAUAAAGCCUCCUCCUCUCGGUUUGUGCGUUACAGAUAUCAGUGGGUUUCAAUUCUCCGCUGGUCGUACCCUCCUGCCUCUGUAACCGCUCGUCAAUGAUGAUUCGACAAAGAGCGGCAGUGGCCCACAGGUGGCGCUGCAGGAGACGAGCACAAAGGCAAAAAGGAAGUGAAAGGCAGAGCCUUCAAAAUAAAAGCAGGAAACGUCAAACUUCAUUUUCAAAUGUUUCUUCUUUUUUUUUUGCACCCAUCCCACAAGUCUUGGUUAUCUACAAUAUACAAUAUCAACUGCCUUCUGAAUUAUCACACAAUCUAUCAUCACAAUCAAUUCAUCACAUGAUCA